GCUUCCGGUGGGGGCGGAAAGCGGAAGUGUGGGAGGGUCUGCGGGGCGGGCUCGGGGAGGUCCCGGGGGAGGAUGGAGCAGUGAGCGGGUCUGGGCGGCUGCCGGCAGCGCCAUGGAGACGGUGCAGCUGAGGAACCCGCCGCGCCGGCAGCUGAAAAAGUUGGAUGAAGAUAGUUUAACUAAACAGCCGGAAGAAGUAUUUGAUGUCUUAGAGAAACUUGGAGAAGGGUCCUAUGGCAGCGUGUACAAGGCUAUUCACAAAGAGACUGGUCAGAUUGUUGCGAUUAAGCAAGUUCCUGUGGAAUCAGACCUGCAGGAGAUAAUCAAAGAAAUCUCUAUAAUGCAACAAUGCGACAGCCCUCAUGUAGUCAAAUAUUAUGGCAGUUAUUUUAAGAACACAGACUUGUGGAUCGUUAUGGAGUACUGUGGGGCUGGUUCUGUGUCUGAUAUCAUUCGAUUACGAAAUAAAACGUUAACAGAAGAUGAAAUAGCUACAAUAUUACAGUCAACACUAAAGGGACUGGAAUACCUUCAUUUUAUGAGAAAAAUACACCGAGAUAUCAAGGCAGGAAAUAUUUUGCUGAAUACAGAAGGACAUGCAAAACUUGCAGAUUUUGGGGUAGCGGGUCAACUUACAGAUACGAUGGCCAAACGAAAUACAGUGAUAGGAACACCAUUUUGGAUGGCUCCAGAAGUGAUUCAAGAAAUUGGAUACAACUGUGUGGCAGACAUCUGGUCAUUGGGAAUAACAGCUAUAGAAAUGGCUGAGGGAAAGCCCCCAUAUGCUGACAUCCAUCCAAUGAGGGCAAUCUUCAUGAUUCCCACCAACCCCCCUCCUACAUUCCGAAAGCCAGAACUGUGGUCCGAUAACUUCAUGGAUUUCGUGAAGCAGUGUCUUGUAAAGAGCCCUGAGCAGAGAGCGACAGCCACUCAACUCCUACAGCACCCGUUUGUCAAGAGUGCCAAAGGAGUGUCGAUACUGCGGGACUUAAUUAACGAGGCCAUGGAUGUGAAGCUGAAACGCCAGGAAGCCCAGCAGCGGGAGGUGGACCAGGACGAUGAGGACAAUUCAGAAGAGGAUGAGAUGGACUCUGGCACGAUGGUUCGAGCAGCAGGUGAUGAGAUGGGCACCGUCCGGGUGGCCAGCACAGUGACCGAUGGAGCCAGCACUAUGAUCGAGCAUGGGGACACGUUGCCGUCACAGCUGGGCACCAUGGUGAUCAACGCAGAGGAUGAGGAAGAGGAAGGGACUAUGAAAAGAAGGGAUGAGACCAUGCAGCCUGCAAAACCAUCGUUCCUUGAAUACUUUGAACAAAAAGAAAAGGAAAAUCAGAUCAAUAGCUUCGGCAAAAGUGUACCUGGCCCCCUGAGGAACUCCUCAGAUUGGAAAGUGCCGCAGGAUGGAGACUAUGAGUUUCUUAAGAGUUGGACAGUAGAGGACCUUCAGAAGAGGCUCCUGGCCCUCGACCCCAUGAUGGAGCAAGAGAUCGAAGAGAUCCGGCAGAAGUACCAGUCCAAGAGGCAGCCAAUCCUGGAUGCCAUCGAGGCUAAGAAGCGGCGGCAGCAGAACUUCUGAGAAGGCCCGGCCAGGAGGGCCCCAGCGUGCGCACCAGGCCUUCGGUGAACCCUGGCUGCUCGCCACUCAGGCUUGUCAGCCAACACUUCCGCCCCGUCAUUUUUCCACGGCACCUUCACCUCCGUGAACUCAGGAAGUGCACCAGUGGGAAGGGCUGCUUGCCGUCAGCGCGCCAUCUUGUGUAUGUAUUUAAAUCGAUCAGUUAUAUUAUUUCAAAGGAUUCAUAUCAGCGCUUUUAAACUCAGAGUUUUUAACCCCAGGAACAGAGACUCCUAGAUGAGUGAUAGCUGGGAAAGUGUUACAUGUUGUCUUGUCUUUCUUCUUCCAAUAGCUUUCGAUUGUUCUUUCUGGAAAACUUUUUAAAAAUAUAUAAAUAUGCACAUAUAUAUAAAUUAUAACUGGAUUCCCCACUGAGUGUGGUGGUGGCAUCUCUGUACAGGUACAGUUUUAAACAGUUGGCCUCUUUUCUGUAAGAUUAUGGUACUGUGGGACACGAGGGCAGGGGACAGCGGGAGGCUGUUGGGGUCACUCAGCUCCCAGGGGCCAACCUCACCCUUUUGCAGGGCUGCAAUUAAAAAUUAGGUUUGGGCCAGUUCUCUCCCCAUGGUUUGAGCCUUGGGUGGGUCAUCUCUGGCUUCUGGAGCCACUGACCAUGUCCACGGGAAAGCCUUGAGAGUUUGUGUUUACUUUUUGAGUCCCAGGAGAAGCCUGGCACCCUCUUUGUAAACUGCCCCUUGUGGCUUCAAUGCCUUUCAUCCAUUUCCACUCUCCCGACCGCCUAAAGUCACAGCACAGAUACUGCCCAGUGCCUUAAGAGGAGACGUGACCCCGUGCAGGAAUGGGCCUGCCAGGUCCUCUCAGCAAACACGGGGCUGUGUACAGGCCACAGAAGAGAAGUGUCUUUGGACUUCUCAUUGAUCAUGUGAAGAUCGCACAGGGGCAUGCAUUUUGCUCCGCAUUCCUUACAGACAUAGGUAGAUGGCAUUGCUUUUGGUGAUCAUAUUUCAAUAUGUGACUGUUUUCUUUUUUUACUUUACUGCUGAGGGGUCUGGAAAGGAUACCUGAAUAUCAGACUAAGAUCUGUUCUCCAGGAGGCUCCAUCUGGGCCCACAGAAUGCCACAACUGGAAGGGACCAUAGGCAUCUUCUGGCCCGAAUGAGGCUUGGAGAGGGGAAGUGACAUGGUGACAAGAUCACAAAGCAAGCUGAAGAGCUGAGACUAGACCAGAGCUCCUCACCCCUGGGCCCUGAUCCAAGCAGCCCCGUCCAAGGGGAGAAACCUAUGUCAGUUUUGGUUAAGUUUCCCCAAGACACCUACAAGGCAGACUUGGUCUUGCUUGGUCCCUUCAGAGGGUGACUGGCUCUGAGACCCCCAGGGGGAGCCUGAUGGUUGAGUCUCGGCCCUUCCGGAGCCCUGCAGCGCCUGCUGGCCAGUAAGAGGCACCAUGUGGGCAAUUUCGGGCCUAAGAUCAGAGGGCUUCACAGAACAGCACUGGCCAUCCCUCUGCAGCAUGGGCUCAAGGCCACAUGUCCUGUCAUCGCACAGCAAAGGGUAGACAGUGAGGAAAGGCAAAUGUCUGCUCAUUUUUAAUUAUCCCCGCCCUGCCCCCCCCCCCCCCCCCGCGCCCCUGCUGGGAGAGCACUGACUGGGUUGCACCUAAGGAUAGUGUAAUUCAACUCCAUAAUUGCUUUUGCUUCCCAAACCUGGGAAUCAAUGGAAAGGCAGGGAAUAUUCCUCUUCUCUGGCCGGAUUCUGUUCUUUGCAAUUAAAGCAAGUUUUUAAAAAUGUAAGAGGCAGUGGUUGAUCUGCAGGGUUUGGCCAGUUAGGCAGUUAUGUGUUAGAUACAGAGAACAGAGGACGACUAGAGGAUCCCGCUAGAAUAAUCGAUGGCAGCUAAUAUUCAUUGACCACUUAGUAUACACCAGGCACUGAGCUAGGUGGGCUUUUUAUAUAUGUGAGAUCCAAACUUCAGGAUAACCCCAUAUGUUAAGUACUUUAUCUCCACUUCAUAGAUGAAGGAGCAAGUUCAGACA